GAGAGGGACACAGUGUCCGUGUCGGAGAAGGAGGGGGAGGAGUAGAAAGAAAUGUAGCUGUGGAAGAGCUCAUCUCAUCAGCACCAUGUAGAGCUGCAAUCUGGGCCAGAAGAAUGUAGAGAGAGAAGAAUGCUGCUGAAGGAGCAGCUUGAUGUAUGGGUAAGACCAUAGGCAACCUCCGGGGACUAAACAAUUCAUUCCACUGCAAGGAACAAAGAGCAAGCGAUGUAAUGCCUACUGACACAAGCAGAGUGGGGGAUGUUCUAAAAAAGCCGGAGUGUGUUUUCUGCAGUCGACAGUGAGUAGUAAAGUGUACCCCAGGGAAGAUGUAUGCCUUCUACUCUCUGCUGGUCUACAUCUUCUACACUGUUUUUAAGAAGGAUGAGGAGAAUGUACUUGAAGGGGCAUGUGGAGAGACUACAGAGGAUCCUGGCCAUGUUUCCAUGGAAACAGGGACCAGGAGGAAGGGUGGCCACACCCCCCGGUCGGGAAAAAGGCAGUAUGACAGAAUCAGUGAUUCAAGCAGCAGCAGCAGUGAGAGCGAUGAACUGUCUCUCAGUGAUGAAGAUGGCGACACUGAUGACAGUUACACUAUCCUGGCUAAGACACCUUUGGCAGCCUUCCUGUCCUUCAAACAGGAAACGGAAAAGAGGAGAGUUUCCACUGUCCACACUGAAACAGGGGAAAAGGUGCUCGAGUCUCCUCUGGUAGCAGUGAUGUCUCAUCUACUGAGCUUCCUGGAGCAGUACUCACACCUGCAACAGCUGCAGCAGCAAGCUGAGCAGUACCGCAUGCAGCUGCGCAGACACCGUGUGCAGCACCGGCGAAAGAUGAAAGCUCUGCGCAGCUCCUACAGGCAGCGCCUCCGUGACAAGAGCAACGUGAUCCACAGCCUGGAGGAGGCCAUUGCUCAGCAGCAAACCCCUUCACCUGAUAAUGAUGGAUUUAAAGGAUCUGCUGCUAACAUCUUGGUGCCAGCAACCACAGCACACCUUCAGGGAUCUAGUGGAGUCCAUGCCUCGACAGGUCAGGUCCAUGCCUCAACAGCAGCGUCUCCAGGCCUGCAUAAGCUGGUGCAGUCUCUGUGUGGCCUGCAGGGGGAGAGGAGUCUGCUGCGAGGCGAGCUUCGUCUCCUCCACUCACAGCUGGAGCAAAGAGAGCAGGACCGCCACUCUAAAGUACAAGCCUUCCAACAGCAGAUUGAUGAACUGAAGAGCUGCAUCGAGGAGAGGGAAGAAGAGCUUUCCAAACUCCGCAUUGCAUCUGGAGCGACAGACUCGGAAAAGCGCAUGCUGUGUUUGUCAGCUGAGAAUGAGAGUCUGAAACAGAGCCUGUCUGUGACUCAGGGUCUCCUGCAGCAACUGUCCAUCAUCCCUUCCCAGUCCAGCUCACUGCUCAUUAAGGAAAACGAGAAUCUGCGCAGUCGUGUUCUGCAGCUGGAAAGCACUCUGCAGCAGCGAGUCGAACAGCUCUCACGCCUGGAGCGCCAGAGCGAGCAGGACCAGUGGCACAGGGGAGAGGAGCUCCGGAGACGAGAUGAGAGAGUGAAAGAGCUUCAGCUCGAGCUGGACAAGGAACGCAGCAAGGAGCCUGUAGUGAAAUAUGUCACUCAGACGGUGGAAGUGGAAUCGCCUUCAACACUGAGGCAGCUCACCGAAGCCAGACAGAAAAACGAUCAACUAAAACAGAGGUUGUCCUGCGAGAAAGAACGAUGCAAACAGCUGGAGGAGAAAAUCCGACGCUCCGACGAAGUCAGCUGCAAUCUUCAACAUAAGAUUGCUGCAUAUGAGAGAGAGAUCGGGACCCUGCAGGCAGAGCUGAUGAAGGAGAUCGAACAUCUGGAGGAAAAAAAAGAUGAAGCUGUAAAAGCAGCUGCAAACUGUUCACAGGAGCAGUUUCAGAGCCUGCAGGAUCAGUUCAUGACUCUACAGCGACGUCUGAAUGCUCUCCCUCCCACCCUACGCUCGAUGAAGACAGACUAUGCCAGUCUGCGCAGUCAGGUCCGCAAUUUUGCAGACUUUUAUGGAUCAGCGAUCAAAGAAGCCAAGAAACAGAUCUCAGCAGCAAUAAAUGAAAUGUCUGAGGCCAAUAAGGAUCUGCUGGAGAAAUACAGGAAAGAGGUUGCCCUUCGCAGGAAAUACCACGAGCAGCUGGUAGAGCUGAAAGGCAACAUUCGUGUCCUGUGCCGCGUGAAACCGGUUCUAAAAGAGGACCAGCAUGACGAGUGCCAGGCCGUUGCUGUGACCGCGGACCCACACAAUGAAUCUGCUCUCACUGUCCUGAGUAAGGGCAAAGCCAAGACCUUUGAGCUGGACAGAGUCUUUCACCCUCAGGCUACUCAAGAGGAGGUGUUCCAAGAAAUCGAGCCUCUGAUCACUUCCUGCAUAGAUGGAUAUCAUGUGUGCAUCUUCGCUUAUGGACAGACAGGCUCAGGGAAGACCUACACCAUGGAGGGUCCUGUGGACAACCCAGGCAUCAACCAGCGAGCUCUGAAACACCUUUUCAAUGAAAUCGAGGAAAGGAAAGACAUGUGGACCUACACCAUCACUGUCAGCUCAGUGGAAAUCUACAAUGAGGUUCUAAGAGAUCUGCUGAGUAAAGAUGGAGAGAAGCUGGAUAUCAAAAUCAAUCCUGAUGGCACGGGUCAGCUCCAUGUUCCAGGUCUCAGGAUCAAAGAAGUCAAAAACUUUCAGCAUAUCAAAAAAAUCCUGGCAACAGCACGGAGAAACAGGAUAACAUUUGGAACACAAAUGAACCAGCAUAGCUCUCGUUCACACGCUCUGCUCACCAUCACAGUGCAGGGAACAGACCUCGCCACCGGCACCAAAACCACCGGUAAGUUGAAUCUGGUGGAUCUUGCUGGCUCAGAGCGAGUGUCCAAGUCAGGGGCAGAGGGCGAGCGGCUGAAGGAGGCCCAGAACAUCAAUCGCUCACUGCUGGCACUGGGAGACGUGAUCCAGGCCCUGAGGGGCCGCCAGACAUACAUCCCCUUCAGGAACUCACGUCUCACAUAUCUGCUGCAGGACUCACUGGGCAAGGGCAAUAAAACAGCCAUGGUGGUGCAGAUUUCCUCACUAGAGAGAAAUGUUGAAGAGACCCUGUGCUCGCUGAAGUUUGCACAGCGGGUGUGUAAAGUGGAACUGGGCCCUGCAGCACGCAAGAUUGAAAGUGGAAGCCAUUGUGAAAACUACUCCUAAAGCCAACAUCACCUGCACACUUCUGCAAGUUGAAAUCCAGGAAUAUAUCCAUCCCCAAGUGUUUGCUCUUGUCUGAGACUUCUAACGAGACCUCCAGAUGAUUUUAAGGGCUAUGGUUCGGAAAGCCACACAAGUAGCAUCUAUUUCUUACUGCUGAGUAUUCUCAAGAGCCAUGCCUAAUACCUGAUCGCAUGAACAGCUGUGGCUCCUUCCUACAGGCUGAGCGGCAUGUCCGAGUGCAAUGUUCGAGCGUGCGGGUUGCCUCUCUGCACUUCUACAAAAACACACCAUCCUGCUUGAUAAAUGACAUUGUAUUGAUCAGGCACUCUUGGGUGCAUCCGAAAAAUAAAAGGUCAUGACUUUAUCUACUAUACCCACUGCAUCAUCACUGAGUAGGUUUCCGCCAUCACUUUCUCACAUCUGGAUGCUGCUGUAAUGAUCCCUUUAGACAUUUUCAGGAUGUGACAUGCGUCUGUAGCUGAUCUACACCGAGGUGAUGAAAACGUGUUGAGCUUUUGUGAUUAUGUAACUGUAUGAAGCUAGUUUCUGUGUUCACUCCACUCCAUCAUAUCAAUGUGCUGAGGAGUGGUCUUGGUAGAUGGAUGCGUUGAGGGGCGCAAAUGUGUGGCAGUCUGGGAAACCUUUCAGGCAUUGCUUAGUAGAAAAAGAGAAAAAAAACCCCGAAAAAGAUGACGAAUUGGGCUGCAGAUACAAUACUUCUGUUGCUUUUAAAAACAUUAACUGAGCACUUAAUUAGGAACACUAUACUAAUACUGGUAGGGGCCUUUGUGAUUCUGCUCCAUGUUGACAUUCCUGCAGAUUUUUCAGGAGUCCUGUCAUGCUGUGAAUCUCCGUUCAGUCACAUCCCAAUGGUGCUCUACUGGAUUCAGAUCUGGUGACUGGGAAGGUGACUGAAGAACACUGAACUCAUUGUCAUGUUCAUGAAACCAGGUUUAGAGACUUUUGCUCAGUGACAUGUUGCAUUAUCAUGCUGGAGGUAGCCAUUAGAAGAUGGUAAACUGUGGCCAUGAAGUGAUGCACAUGAUCAGCAACAAUAUUUAAAUAGUCUGUGGCAUUCAGGAUGAUUGAUUGGUAUUAACAGCCCAAAGUGUGCCAAGAAAACAUUCCUCACACCAUUACACCACCUCCACCAGCCUGCACUGUUGAAAUGAAUCAGGUUGUAUCCAUGGAGUCAUGGCUGUUGGUGCCAAAUUCUGACCCUACCAUCUGUGUGCCUCAGAAGAAAUCCAAGUUCACCAGCCCAUCUGGCACCAACAAUCAUGCCAGUGAGAACACAUUUGGUCCACAUUCUGAUGGUGGAUGUGAACACCACCUGAAGCUGUUGGCUCGUAUCUGCAUGAUUUGAUGCCCUGCACUGUGCAUUAAUGAAUAGGUGUACCAGUGUUCCUAAUAUAUUGCUCAGUAAGUGUACUGAAAUUGCUUUAUUCAUUCAUAUCACCAUGUGAAGAGUCUUCCCAGGCUGUAACACAAAUAAGAGCCACAUCCUAUCACACAUUCAGACUCUUGUGUAUGAAUCCAGAAUCCUCAUUGAACUCUGCAUUCAGUUUAGUAGUUAUAUAAUCAGGUUAUUUGAAUUAUUCUCUGUGCAAUGUUUGUGGGAGGUUCAUCAAGGAGUAAUGAUUAUUGUAGGAUGUUUAUUCUUUGAGCAGAUAUGUUUAUAAUUAGCCAUUAUUUUUCCUGUAGCAAAUGAGAAAUGCACUUUACUUCCAAUACAAAACUAGGUGCUUUGUCCAUAGAACUAGUGAAUAUUUCAUCGAAAAUAUUGUUUUGGAAUUUAGUUCUGCUUGUGCCAUUUUCUGUUAGUAGUUAAUUAAUAUUAAUAUUUAUACAAGCUUAAAUGUAGAUGGACUAAUAUUUAUUUAAUCUGAUGUGAAUAUUAUAUUGCUGGGUGUCAGAAUGAUGAGAAAUUGUAGAAUAAUGAAUGGCAAGAGAUCUCUCUCUCACACACACACACGUAUUAUAAAAUCACCACGUUAUGAUUUUUCGCUAUUUAAAAAAAAAAAAGAAAAAAAGAUUUCAUUCUGUUUCUGUACUCCAGGUGAGUAAAGCAAUUUUUACUGAAAAUUUUAAAAAGUAAAUAUUCUAUUAGCUUGUUAUUGAAGCCAAAAAGAGAAGCAGUGUUUUUCUGAUAAACACACGUCCUUGGCAUUCUUUACAGAUUUCUAUACUCACUGAGUUUUGGGCCUUGAAACGUUCCUGAUUGCUUGUAUAUCAGUGACACCAGAGAGAAAUAAAAAUCCAGCAAUGUCGCUUGGCUCCUUUAUUAAUAU